AUGUUCAAAGAUGUUAUAGAUUAUGCGAAGAGAUGCCAUGAGUGUCAGAUUCAUGGAGACGUCAUACAUGCUCCUCUUGAAGACCUUCAUCAAUCAGUAGCCUUCGGGGGACUUGAUGUCAUCGGUCCCAUAAAUCUGCCUUCAGCUAAAGGAAAACAAUAUAUACUAGCAGCGACGGAUUAUUUCUCCAAGUAUAUAGAGGCGAUUGCAUCACGCAAUGUCAAAGAGAAGGAUAUUGUUAAUUUCAUCUUACAUGCAAUAAUAUAUCACCACGAUAUCCUAAAAAGAAUAAUCAUAGAUAAUGACACCUCUUUCAAGAAUAGGGGUAUGGAGAAGUUGUGUUUAAAGUUCAAUAUUCAUCACUCAUUUUUAACACCUUUCUAUCCACUAUCCAAUGGAUUAGCACAUGCAUUCAAUAAGAUGAUUGUGAAAAUACUGAAAAAGACGGUGAUAGGAAAUAAGCGUGACUGGGAUGAGAAGCUGUAA